CGGGGGCAGGGCCCCUGGGAAUCCGUCUCUCUCCAGGCCCGCGGCCGGCCGGACCAGAAGAUCGUGGUGAGUCCCCAUGGCUUGGCUGGGUGGACAGAGAGUCCCAAAGCAAGACGGGCUGGCCCCUCCAUCAGGUUUGGUGCCAAGGGGGUGGGGAGCCUUCGCCAGGGCCACAGGGGAGCAGGAGAGGAGCUUAAUCGCCCACUUCUCUUCCCACAGCUGGUAGCUGCCCUUUGCACCCAAGCUUUCCCAGAGCCUCUAGGUGCAGCCCGGCAGCUUCCUUAAAGGGCACUUCACCUGCAGAAAAGGCUGCCAACAGCACAAUAUGCGCUUCCUCCAUGCUGAGCCCUAUUCUGUCUCGAUGGUGGUGCUGUGGAGAUGGAAGGUGGAUCCCUCCCACCUCCGCUGCUUCAUUCCCCUUGCCAUCAAGCGUUACCUGCCAGUGGGAUCAAUGGCCACCAUUUGCUUGCUUUCCCAUGUGUAGGUGCAGGGGGUUCAGAAGCCCCUGGCUGAUUCGCCUGAGAGGCGGAGGCACUGAGGCGCUUGAUACCUGCAACCUGCCAGCUGAGUUAUUUCUGAAGGCUCUUCCUUUGAAAGAGCAACAGUCACAUGUCCAAAAAUGCCUGUCUGGCUGGUGACAGACAUGGAGUACCUGGUGCCCUCAAGAAAUAGCUGAGCCACAUGGGACCACGGCCAGCCAUAGCUGUGGAUAAGCUGCUUUGCGCACUCUCUGUACGCAUUUUCUCCUUCUUUGCAGCUUCUCUUCUGGCAGUCUCUUGUUCUCAAUACUCCUUUGUUUGGGGGCACUUGUGGCUGUCACAUUCCCCGAGUUCAGCCAUUUCCCUUGGGCUUGUUCUUGCGCCCCUCUCCAUCUGAGUUCUGCUGCAUCCGACCCACGGCACUCAUGGAGGCAUUGCUGCCAAGGUUUACUACAAGCAGCUUAACAUACAGACGGAGCUCAGACAUAAUUAGGCACGCAGAGAGAGACAGUGUAGUAAAUAAGGCAGCUUAAUACGCCCCCUUUCCUACUGGCAUGACUGCUGCUGCUGCAAACCUCCUUUCCAGACAUCAGCAGGUGCGCUGGUUGCUUGCCACAGGGCUAGCCAGGGCUAUACCUUUCCUGUAUAAGAGGAAAGGGGGGGAAUGCUCAAAAGCAGGGGUGGCUGUGAAGGACACGUUUCUGUCAUUUCAGGUAGAAAAGCUAGCGAGGUUGACAUCAAAUGUAGGAGCGUCACAGACCCAGCAAGUCAGGCCAGCUCACAGGGUGCCAUGGGUCACGCAAGGCAGGGCUUGUCCCCCAUCCCUUGCACCCCCGUGAGUUUGUUCCUUGCCUGGUGGUUAGGCUGAGCCUUCUGAGGGGGAAGCAUCUCAGUUCAAAGGGGGGGGGUCAGGAAGACCCGCACAAGCUCCCAAAUUCUCCCUUUCCUGAGAUAUGGCACUUUUCCAGAGUCUCUCACGCCUCCCUUAGUGAGCUGCCCAUUUUGCUGCUUCAGCCUUAUAUUUAUCCAGGAAAUAUGUCGGUGGGCACAUUUCAUUUACUCCAGCCUUCCCAACCAUUUGUCCUGAGGCUAUUUCUCUCAGAGUUCCUAGAUAAUGGAACUUGCCUGGUCAUCUGCAUUUUCCAGAGCUCUCUGUCAUGGUUGCGCUACUACCUUCUCCACAAUCAUUUCAGGCAAAGCUAUCCAUCAGAUCUCAUCUCUGAGCAAAGGGGCUAAAAAAGUGAUGAGAAAAACACAGUAUAGCCUGUUUAAAAUGUAUUGCAAUCUAAUAUUUUGCAUGAUAAGACUGAAGCUCUUAAUCUCCAACUGUUUUCUUGAGAUAAUUCUGAUAAAGAACUUUGUAAUGUGGCCCUUUAAUAUCCAUAACUUCUUACCAUUCCUUUGAUUUACCUCUCCAAAUUACAGGGUUUUAGCAAGUUUAGAUAAGAAAAGGACAAAAAUAACACUGAAGAAUACCUAUGGAAUCAACAGGAGUGAAGGCUGAGGUUUAUGGAAAUAUGGAAAAGGCAUAACUUUAUCUUUCUAAAAGUUCUUUGAAACUACACACUAAUACUCAAAACUAUCCAAAGUUGAUAGUUCUCACCAGCAUGAACCUGCUACUGUUCACCACUGUAGUCCUGCUCCUUCCUUCCUUCCUUCCUUCCUUCCUUCCUUCCUUCCUUCCUUCCUUCCUUCCUUGCCAUGCUGCUCAUCUCUGCAUUGCACAUUGCCUGUUGCCAAAGACAGGAAGAACAUCAUCAGAGAUCGGGGCUAUUAUGCUGCUGGGCUGUCUAGAAGCAGCAGCCCAAACUCAACAUUAUUCAGGAAUAGAAUAAUGGCCAUAAGGACCACCAUGGGAGAUUCACAGUAGCUAGCUGGGACCUGGCUUUGCACAUCAGCACACAUGAUUCCUGCUUUCAGUCCUUUAGACCAAGACCCCAGAGAGUCAUCCGGCUGGCCUCUGACUGUGCAGCUUCUAUCUCCCCAUCCUCAAGCAUCUUUCUGGCCCUUAUGACUCUCCACUUUUCCUCUUUGGCAGGUGUGGACCAUCUGCUGGCUACCACUGCUGCACUGUAAAGUGAUGGCAUUGAGGACAAUCUGGGCAAGGGCACCCUUCUGUGCUGCUAGCCUUGGACUUCUGGUUCUAGUCUACGCCCUGCCUGCUGAAGGACUAGCCCAAAAGCAUGGCCCCGAUAUCAUUGACGAUGACAGCAAAGACAACAUCACCAUCUUCACACGCAUCCUGGACCGUCUGUUAGAUGGGUAUGACAACCGACUAAGACCUGGUCUUGGAGAUACAGUUACUGAAGUCAAGACAAAUAUUUAUGUGACAAGUUUUGGCCCUGUGUCAGACACGGACAUGGAGUACACCAUUGAUGUGUUCUUCCGGCAAUCCUGGCGAGAUGAGCGGCUGAAAUUUGAUGGCCCAAUGAAGAUUUUGCCCCUGAACAACUUGUUAGCCAGUAAGAUCUGGACCCCAGACACCUUUUUCCACAAUGGAAAGAAAUCGGUGGCCCAUAACAUGACCACACCAAACAAAUUGCUUCGACUGGUGGAUAAUGGCACCCUCCUCUACACCAUGAGAUUGACCAUUCAUGCAGAAUGCCCUAUGCAUUUGGAGGAUUUCCCCAUGGAUGUGCAUGCCUGCCCACUGAAGUUUGGGAGCUAUGCCUACACCAAGACAGAAGUCAUUUACACUUGGACCCUGGGAAAAGUGGAGGUGGCUGAAGGUGGCUCACGCCUCAACCAAUACGACCUCCUUGGCCACAAUGUAGGAAGAGACUCCAUUGAGUCUAGCACAGGGACCUACAUUGUGAUGACCACUUACUUCCAUCUCAAGCGCAAGAUCGGAUACUUUGUGAUCCAGACUUACUUGCCCUGCAUCAUGACAGUCAUUCUGUCCCAGGUCUCCUUCUGGCUCAACAGGGAGAGUGUCCCAGCACGGACCGUGUUUGGCGUCACUACAGUCCUGACCAUGACUACUCUGAGCAUCAGUGCACGCAACUCCCUUCCCAAGGUGGCCUACGCCACAGCUAUGGACUGGUUUAUGGCUGUGUGUUACGCCUUCGUGUUUUCUGCGCUGAUUGAAUUUGCUGCCGUCAAUUAUUUCACCAAGCGCAGCUGGGCCUGGGAGGGCAAGAAGGCGCUGGAAGCUCAGGAGAUGAAGAAAAAAGAGCCAGCCACCUUGGCUAAGAAGACCAACAACACCUACAACAUUGUGGGGACCACAUAUGCCCUCAGUAUCACCAAGGAGCCUCCCCUGCCAACCAUUGCCAAGAGCGCAGCUGCCCCCACAGCCACCCCUGCUGCUGUGGUGGUCCCCCCUGCCAAGGUGCCCCGAUUGGAAGAGAAGCCUCUGGAGAGCAAGAAGACCUACAACAGUGUCAGCAAGGUAGACAAAAUGUCUCGCAUCGUCUUUCCAGUCUUGUUUGCCAUUUUCAACAUGGUGUACUGGGCAACAUAUGUCAACCGGGAGUCAGCCAUCAAGGGUAUGAUCCCCAAGGAUUGAAACUAACUGCGCACCCUCCACAUGUCCAUGCAGUCCCGGACAGAGGAGCCCUGGAGGGGUGCUUUGGUCACCCCACUGAUUCUAUAUUCAUUUUUACCUUUUAUUAUGAUUAAUUUUAUUCAGCUGACUUCCUCUCCUAUGUGAACCAAACUGUGAUUUUUUUAAAAAAGAAAAGAAAAUCAAGAAUGUUCUUGGAUGUAUUUACUGUUGGGGGGGGGUGUCUCUGAGGGACCCACACAGAAAAGUGCAUCUCUAAGGUAGAGUCUGAUGUCCCUCUCCCCCAAUCCUGCCUACUCUCCAUCCUGCCGGAAGCCAGCUUCAUGCCUUGCUCAUCCUGUGGUGACACAUGCCAGGUGCUCUUUAUGCCCAUGGCCUCUGGGGAGUCCAUUCCGGCCAGCUGGAGAGGGGGGCUUUCUCACUGGAGUGGCUGGAGUUUCAGUGAGAAAGAGGUCCCCAACUUGGGGAGCAAAUUAAGUCCACCUUGGAGCGGCCUGGCCAUUCAGAAAGUUUGAUGAGAGACAGAAGGGGGUAACUUUGUCCAGCAGAAAGCCACCCACACAGUCCAGGCAGGUUCUGGGCUCAGCAAUUGUAAGCUCUCACAAAGACUGCUAGGAUGUAGCAGGAACAGCUGGGUCAACACUGAGCAGGUGUUUAUUCCAGAAACUUUGCAGUUUUAUCAUGGCAUACUUUGUAUUCCAUGGGAUAUUUCUUCUGAAUUUUUCACUGGAUCUGUGGUUCAGAAUUAUUUGUUUCUGGUCACAUAGCAGCACUUAUUUAUAAGUUAUCUGUUGUUAUCUAAAUUGGAUUUUGAAAUUUUGUAAAUAUUGUGUGAGCAUAAUUGCCUGUUGCUGCAUUUCUCUGUUCCUUCAGGUUUUCAUUCUUUUUUUAAUUCCUCCAUUAAGCCACGUGCAUGGACAAAUGUGCACAUUAAAAUACAGUGCACAAUGGUUUCUUGAGAAUGUAUUUGUGCAAAUGAAUGAACAUGUGCAUUUCUAUUUUAUUUCAUCAUCAAUAUACACAUGUGAUAAAUGUGCAUUUACAGUCUUUUGAAAUAUUGCAAUAGACAUCUUUGUGCACAAAAAGCACUUGGAUUUAUUUAAAGCAUCUCCUCCUGUGAAAAUGAGCAGAUAGUUUGCAGGCCCGAAUUGCUCCCCUUUGAGGACAAGGGAAAGAAGCUGAUCCAUCUUUUCAGUUUAAAAGAUAAGGAGGGCAAGCACCUUUUCAUCUUCUGGCCCUCUAGCCAACAGGGAAGUCAGGAGAGACCUAGCUUUGACUUGGAUGAGAUCAAGCAGAGAUGGGAGAAACUUGACGCACACUCCGUGGUAUGGGCCUCCUCUGGAUCCUGCAGUGCCAGCCUCUUUGUAGAUGCAUACAGUUUUGAAAGGAGCUCAUGUCCAUUCCGGAUUAGACGGUUGUAUGCUGCUAGAGGGAGGGGUGCUGCUCAGUAUCUGUGGAGCUGCGCCCACCCUGGCAGCAGGACAUGGGGGUGCAAUUGCACGCUCUUGCACAUCACUGCGUAGCCAGUUCAAAGAGUUCGAGGACUAUUUCAGGGGUAGGGCUAGGGCUGUGGAUGCCCGUAUGACUGGGCUGCUUGUGAAGAAAGAAGGUGAAUGAAUGAGCAUGAACUGCACUUAACAGUUGUUGCAAAUUUUAAAACAUUCUGUGUGAAGUUGGUCAAGACUGAGCGGAAUGCAGGAUGAAACCAAGUUGCAAAGAAUAACCAAGAGGGAAUGAUGGCGUUUCAGAUGCACCUGGAAAAUAAUCAUUAACAUGAACAAGUAGAAGGGAGGCUAAAUAAGAGGCUUGAAAAUAUGACGCUUUCCCAGUCUUUUGGCCGGAAGAGGAAUUCCGCUAUUUCAUGGCGGGGAGCCGACCUGUUGCGUCUCACCCUCUGGUAUUAAGACAGGAUGCAGCAUUUCUGUAUUUAUUACAGAAUGUUUUUCUUGAGAGGGCUUGGGGCUUUAUUUUUAAGUUUUGAGAUUAUCAGCAUAAAAUAUACAAUUCUUGGUAAAAUUGUCCUUCUUUGUUGCCCUUUUUUGCCGCAAUGGUAUGAGCUUAAAUUGUUCCAUUGGAUUCUUUUGUGUGCAAGGAUUGAAGCUUUUGCCACUUGAACCCUGAGCCAAAAGCCCGUUCUUAAAUACAUAGUUGCUUAAAAGGCAGUCAGCCGCCUUAGUUACACAUCCAGCGCUUGCCGUCCUGAAGUCUUGCCCUUCGGUCCUUCCUGCCAGGCCCCCUAAAGCCGUUCCAAGGGGGCCACAAGAAGCCCCUGGAGCUCAGCGGAGGAAUCCGCUUGGCCUGUGAACCCUUUGCCCUGCCCCGGCAGCAGAGGUCUGCGGCCAGGAGCCAUCCCGAGCGGGACCAGCCCCAGCGGGCUGCCUUCUCGCGGCCUGGCCGGUUUGUUAGGUAGCGUGCCUGGCAUCGACCCUCUUGUCAGCUCCGGGAGGCUUACAGAGUUACAAUAAAAGCGAUCACUGAAGCAUGCUUAAACGUAAGAAAUACAAAACAUCAAAAGGCCUGGCAAAUAAGAUCUUGGCUCCACCCACCCCAAAGUGUAAUAAGAAGCCCCCUUUCAGAAGAAGUGGGAUCAGCAUGGACUCCAAAGGGAAGUUUGGUGGCUCCACUGGCAGUCCCAAGAGUGAGGCAGACCGCAGCGGAGCAGGCAGUUCUGCAAGCAGCUGGCCUAAUUAUGCUGCUUUAGCCCUGGGGACACGGCAGAAUUUUGAGAAGCACCAUGCCCACUGAUUGCCAAUUUCUAGACCAUCUUUAAGGGCUGGCCAUGUUGCAAUAGCUGGAGAAUGAGAACACCAGUGACUUGUUUAUCAGUGGGCGCAAAUGAAAACCUUCCUCCCGUCCGAUGUUAUGUGGCAACACCAAACCCAGGAAGAAACGCAGGCUGCAAACCUGCAACAGCAGCACCUUCUUCUCGUUCUGUGGAAUGGCAACCACGUGCACUCCUGCAUAGGAUAAACACAAAUGAUCAGAGCUGCAGCUUUGCUCCUAGGGUAGAAACCAACAACAACUGUUGCUGGUUUGUUGUAGGUACAACAACUGUUGCAUCUAGUCACAUCUUCUGUAACAGCCGGUACAUAGGGCAAAAAACAAGUCUAGUGUGAGGCAGCCAAGACAAAACUGUAGAAGGCUUUAAGAUGGUCCUUUCCUCAUUUAUUUAAAAGUCCCCAUGAUAGUGAAGGAGGCAGGGCAAAGGCUGAGCAAAGAAAAGACAUUCCGAACCAGUCAUGGGAAAAAAUAGGUAUCUUACAAUAUGUGAAAAAAAGUUUGCCAAAGCUUAGACCAAUGGCUUGUAGCUCAGCAGCAUCUCAGUCCUGGGAGCACAUCCAUAUGUGAAGCUGACUUCCCCGUCUCCUCUUCCUCCCCUGUACCUCCUCCCCUUGUAUCUCUUGCAGGACCUUCACUGGCUGCACACAUGCAAGUAUAGGGACUGAAGCUGGUGAGGUGGGAAUCAGAAAUUCUCAGACCAGAUGGAAUCAGCUUGUGAACAUUAAAAAAAACAAAAUCCUAGCUCUCAAAGCCAGGAAAAGAACAGUCAGAUCCAUUAACUCAGAGACAGAGGGGAAAGGCCUAAGAUUUAAAUCCUGUGGCUGACACACGUGUAUAUUCAUUUGUGCAUGUGUGCACCCACACAACUUGAUUCCUAUGUUCUGCGGGAGACCUGAGUAUAAUUUAUCUUUUGUCUGCAAUGAAGCCACAUUAGUUGCACUGAGUACCUAAAGUCUGACAGCUCUCAUAAAUGGGAUUGUAGCCCUGCUUUCCUUAGAAAUGUGCAGCCAUAUUCCACCAUUAUCAGUUCCUUGCCAGAAAGCACCUCUCGAUCAUAUACAGUCCUCUGGACUGAAUUAGAAUUCGGGGCUGGAGCCAAAGUGGUCAGCAAAGAAUUAGAAGGUUUUUGUAUCACUUUGCUGCCAUCUUGUGAUUGUCCAGAGCUCUGCAGUCAAGAUUGGUCCCUACUUCGAAAUCAGCCAUGCUGGCUAAUUCAGGAGAGGCUUUCUGCCACCUCACCUCUACGUGUGGUGUGGGGAAUUUGGGCACCUGCACAAAUAGAAAUGUUAAUUCUUUAUCUAUGGAGGAAAAAAAUCCCUCAAAGCAAUGAAGUGGGGUGGGAUAACUAGUCACAGUUUCACUCUUGAGCUCCUAAGAAGUACAUUUCCUAGAAUUAUUUCCCAAAUGUUACUGAGAUUAAGAUUCACUGGCUUUUACAACUUUAAACAUUUCACUUUCAGUUGUAUUUCUUCGGUUCAUUCAUAUUUGUUGUUGGGUUUGAUUGUUAUCUGUUGGAUCUGCUGUUAACCACUACAGCCUGGAUUUGCUAGGUGCAAAUAAAUGUUGCCUGAGAGAUUAAUCUUUUUUAUCAACUUCAAGGCAAUUAUGCAAAAUAUCCCAAACUCAGUACACAUGCAACAUCUUUACCUUUUUGUAAAACCCCGGCAUUGGGUUGUAAAUGUAAUUGUGAAUGUUUAGAAAAAAUUAAACAGGGAUUGGUAGUCCAAAUCUCUUUCUGGGCAGCCUUUUUGUAUGUAACUCCUGUG